AUGCGCAAAGACUGGAGUGCACCCUCGAACAAGGCCUACUAUGGACCGGGAGUCCAAGUAGUACAACAGCCCACAACACCAGCAAUGAUGAACUCUUUGACUUUCAUGUGCAUUCAGUGUGCCAUUUCCACACCUACAGAUGAACAAUCUACACUAUACACACACUCAUGUCCCCCAGGCUCUACCCAACCCUACCUUCACCCUCUUAACUCAUCUCUCUCGGAUUCUUCUGGCGAUCGUGAAAUCACUAGUACCUCAGAUGGAAACUCUGCCGCUGUUUCCUCAUGUCCUACCUCGACUACCGUCCAAGUUUCACCGACUCCACCAACUGAAGCCCUUCUUCGCUCUCGAUGUCCUUUCAAACUAGCCACAUUUAAUGUGCGCACUCUGAUGUGUACAGGACAACAGGCCGGUUUAGCUCGUACGCUGGAGACUCUAGCCAUCGAUGUGUACUUUAUCCAAGAGACUCACAUUCAAGACUCCACCUCCAUUAGCCGAUUGACGUCCCCAUUUAACCAAUCUGUGAAGUUUCACUUACGCCUCUCUGGGGACCCUGAGGCUGCGUCUUCCGGUCUUGCUGGCGUUGGUGUGCCUCUCAGUGAGAAGCGAAACAAUCUGCGAAGCUGA